UUAGAUGUACCGGGGUCUAAAGGGGGCACACACACGCACACGCGCACACAUGCACACCCGCACAGCUACCCCGCCAAGGUGUGUGCGUGCGCGCGAGUGUGAACUCCCACAUGCUGCUGUCUGCGCCUGGCCGCUGGCACCAAGCCUCCUCCUCCCCGCUCGCCCCCAGAUUCCCUCCCCUCCGCCUUGCUUUUGUCUGGAGGGUGCUAUGCUAUGCGUGUGUGCGUGUGUGUGCGCGCGCGCGUGUGUGAGCGUGUGUGUUUUUGGAUUUCAUACUAAUUUUCUGGAGUUUCUGCCCCUGCUCUGCGUCAGCCCUCACGUCACUUCGCCAGCAGUAGCAGAGGCGGCGGCGGCGGCGGCCGCCGGUUAGAGCCCAGUCGCUGCUUCAGCUGCUGUUGCUGCUUCUGCAGCGCUCUGCUCCCUGCGCUUGCUACGGGAGGCCGGGGAAGCCGCGCGGACAGUCCUCGGUGGCCUGGGCCGGCACUGUCCUGCUACCGCAGUUGCUCCCCAGCCCUGAGGUGCGCACCGAUAUCGAUAUUCGUGCCGGUUUAGCGGUUCUGCGACCCAAAGAGUCCAGGGAGAUCCACCGAGUGGUGCCUGGCGUAUAGGACUAUGCAGCCGCCUUGUGGCUCGGAGCAGCGGCCCGCGAUGUCCCAGCCACUGUGAACCAUUUGGUCAGCGCCAACCUGCUCAGCCCCAGCACCGACAGGCUCAGCCUCUGGUACGCUCCACUCCGCGGGAGGCCACCAGCACCAAGCAGCAAGAGGGCGCAGGGAAGGCCUCCCCCCUCCGGCGGGGGACGCCUGGCUCAGCGUAGGGACACGCACUCCGACUGACUGGCACUGGCAGCUCGGGAUGUCGCCCUGGCUGAAGUGGCAUGGACCCGCCAUGGCGCGGCUCUGGGGCUUAUGCCUGCUGGUCUUGGGCUUCUGGAGGGCCUCUCUCGCCUGCCCGACGUCCUGCAAAUGCAGUUCCGCUAGGAUUUGGUGUACUGAGCCUUCUCCAGGCAUCGUGGCAUUCCCGAGGUUGGAACCUAACAGCGUUGACCCGGAGAACAUCACGGAAAUUCUCAUUGCAAACCAGAAAAGGCUAGAAAUCAUCAAUGAAGAUGACGUUGAAGCUUACGUGGGGCUGAGAAACCUUACAAUUGUGGAUUCCGGCUUAAAGUUUGUGGCUUACAAAGCGUUUCUGAAAAACAGCAACCUGCGGCACAUAAAUUUCACACGAAACAAGCUGACGAGUUUGUCCAGGAGACAUUUCCGCCACCUUGACUUGUCUGACCUGAUCCUGACGGGUAAUCCGUUCACGUGCUCCUGCGACAUCAUGUGGCUCAAGACUCUCCAGGAGACUAAAUCCAGCCCCGACACUCAGGAUUUGUACUGCCUCAAUGAGAGCAGCAAGAACAUGCCCCUGGCGAACCUGCAGAUACCCAAUUGUGGUCUGCCAUCUGCACGUCUGGCUGCUCCUAACCUCACCGUGGAGGAAGGAAAGUCUGUGACCCUUUCCUGCAGUGUGGGGGGUGACCCACUCCCCACCUUGUACUGGGACGUUGGGAAUUUGGUUUCCAAGCACAUGAAUGAAACAAGCCACACACAGGGCUCCUUAAGGAUAACGAACAUUUCAUCUGAUGACAGUGGAAAGCAAAUCUCUUGUGUGGCAGAAAACCUUGUAGGAGAAGAUCAAGAUUCUGUGAACCUCACUGUGCAUUUUGCGCCAACUAUCACGUUUCUCGAGUCUCCAACCUCAGAUCACCACUGGUGCAUUCCAUUCACUGUGAGAGGCAACCCCAAGCCUGCGCUUCAGUGGUUCUACAAUGGGGCCAUACUGAAUGAGUCCAAGUACAUCUGUACUAAGAUCCACGUCACCAAUCACACGGAGUACCAUGGCUGCCUCCAGCUGGAUAACCCCACUCAUAUGAAUAACGGAGACUACACCCUGAUGGCCAAGAACGAGUAUGGGAAGGAUGAGAGACAGAUCUCCGCUCACUUCAUGGGCCGGCCUGGAGUCGACUACGAGACAAACCCAAAUUACCCUGAAGUCCUCUAUGAAGACUGGACCACGCCAACUGACAUUGGGGAUACUACGAACAAAAGUAAUGAAAUCCCCUCCACGGAUGUUGCUGACCAAAGCAAUCGGGAGCAUCUCUCGGUCUAUGCCGUGGUGGUGAUUGCAUCUGUGGUGGGAUUCUGCCUGCUGGUGAUGUUGCUCCUGCUCAAGUUGGCGAGACAUUCCAAGUUUGGCAUGAAAGGAGGAAGCGGCUGGAUUUAUGAUGACUGGUUCUUAAGGCUGAGAAAUAGCAGCAAGGAUAUGAUACUACACAUCAAGACAGAAUAAACCCACGAUUACUCAACUUUUCCUGCUUUCCAGUGAGCGCGGUUGUCCCAGGAGGCAUGGACUGGUUUCUUGAGUGUGGACUAACUCAGCAGGAUAGGGGUGGGGCAGCACUUGUGUACUCCUGCUGUGGUAAUGGGCAGGUGAGGCACAGGGGAGAGAGAGUCUAUGGCCAUGGGCACGAAUGUUCUUUUCUGCUGUACAUUGAGAUUCUAAGUCUCCUGUCACCUCCUUUCUUUUGCUAUUGCUUUUCUGUAUUCUCAGUUUUUGAAAAUUGAGCGACAAACGCUGUCAAGAAGCAAAAAAAGAAAAGCCACCGUGGCACACCAAGGCUGUGCGUGCCAAUGGGUUUUUAUUUAAGUAUCUCAGGUCUGAGAGGUAGAGACUGUAUUGUCUCAAACAGAUAAUUGAUACUUUUCUGAGGCUAAUAACUUGUGUUUGGGGCUCAGAGAUGAGGAGACACUCAAACAAAUGCUUUUGUAUAAAAAUGAAGAGUUCCGGGGACCUUGAAGCAUUUGCUGUGAUAUUUAAGUCCAUAUAUCAGCUAUUAUGAGAUCAUUGUAGUUUGUAUUGUCUCUGACAGCUCAGUACUGUAAAUGCCUAGAGGGGAAAACUGUAACAAGACUUGGCGGUGACCUGUGUGGAGGAUCAGGUCUGUGGGUGUCUCUACCUCAGGGGUCCGGGAUGAAUGGUCUUUUCUGAUGUUGCCUCCCUCGUUCUGUUGGUGACCGUGAUAGGGAUUCUCGGUUGUCAUCAAUUCAGAUGUGGCACAAUAGAACUCUUCCAGUCUUGUUUGAUUGUGUGUCUUCCCUGGGAGAAAAGCUCCUUUGCUCUAAUAAGACUUAGGAGAAGGAGUGUCCGUAGUGACUGGAGUCAUUGUAAAAUUGGCUUCUCUAACCUAGUGUCAGAGCCCGGCAGGGUAACCAGGAUUGCAGGGCUUCCCCCAGAAUUUUUUUAGUUGGGUCGGUGUGGAUCGGGAAAUUGUCAUCUGAAUGUUUUUAGGGGCGCCUCAUGCCACUGUUGCCCAAGCCCUGAGCAUCACUAACUCUUUGUCAUGAGUCCGGACGGCCACAUCUCUCUCCUACUGUAACAUUGUGGGGUUGCCAUGCAAACCGAACCCAGCCAUUUCUUCCCAAGCCAGCAGGCUAGACUAGCUGUCUGCUCACAUGUGCUGGGUACCUACCAUGGGCCUCUUCGGGUCUCACCCUUGCCAGGUGCUUUGUUUCCUUAGAGACAUUGUGAGCGUGCUUGCGCUGGAGAGCAUCGGACUCUUGAGGCUGAAUCUCCUUUCUUGAAGGGUUUAACGGGAGGCUUUUCAUCUGUGGAUUCUUCUAAGAAAGGCUAUGUUCAGGCCCUUCUGGGAGUUUCAUUAGAAGUGUUGAGAAUCCUGGGAGUGUAGUUUAGGAAGCCUUCUUGAUACUAUCCAGGAAUGAUCAUGGACAGAGGAAGUGUCUAUAAAUGGCAAUCUAUUCUUCCAGCGGUGCAAUGGAAGGAAAAGGAAAAGGGAGACAUUUGUUUCCAAGGCUGUAUUCUAUACAGAACCCCCAGAACUGGAACAAACAGUGUUUUAAAUGGAUAACAAUGGAUAACAGAUGAUAAUCACCUAACAUCCUUAAUGAGCUAGGAGGAAGAACUUGCUUAGCCUUGAGUGUGGCAGCCAAUGACUUCCUCCAGGCAGUAACUUCUAUGGUGUGUUUUGCUGUCUUAGUCCUAAGCAUAAAUAAAAAGUACAUUUACAAUGCUGUCUCAAGACACUCCUGCUCCUGUUUGGAGCAGAUGGGCUUUGUUUUCUUUCUGUCUUCAGCCACACGUCAAUCUGUGGUAUGGUCCGUACAGAUUGACCCCCGACCCGAGGUUUGCACUUAACAAGUCAGAGGCUGAGUCCUAGUCCUUUGGGGAUCUAGAAAUUAGGAUGGGGCUCAUGGAUCAAGUGCAAACAAAACUGAGCAAAAGGUGGUGCUGAGAAAUUAAUGUGAGUUAAUGCAGUUUCAGUGCCAUUAGAAUGAGGGUCAUGCUCAAAACAUAUGUCCUAAAACAGAAAUGUUAUACUCCUGAAGUAGUCAGACGGUAUGCCGGACAGAGUUUCUCAGGAGCAACAGGGAGACUGCGUAGUCUUUGCCAGAGAUCAGGACCACAACAGCUGCCAGCGCACCUUUGGGCGUUCAGGGCUUUGAGCCCAUCUCAGCUGUGUUCGUUUUUUUCAUGGCUGUUAAGAAAUAACUAAAUACCCAAAGCUCUGGUCUGUGUAUAAAAACAAGGUCUGUUCAGCUCAUGGUUCAGAAGUCCGAACAGUAGACACCUCUCCCAAGGUGAGGCCUCUUCCAGUCCUUUAUCAUACACAGCAGAAGUUGGAACAGGGAGAGAUCUCAAACCAAGUGGUUAGUUACGAAGCCCGAGGGCAGGGUGGAGCAGGCUAGCUCUUUCAUCACUUCUUUCAUGAACUUUCUCCGCAAAGCCCAUAUUAACCCCUUCCAGGGGCAGCGGCUCGUUGGCCUAGCCACUGCCCACUUGGCCCUUUCCCUUACAUGGUCUCUGCUACCUUUCAAUACCACCACACUGGCUACCGCUCUUCUAAUGUAGGAACUCAGAGGGGAACCUGACUUAUCUUGCAUGUCAACUAUUUCAAUUUGCGGUACGAGCUUUCGACUUGUGAACUAACAGUUUAAUAUCGUUGAUUUGAAGAGCUUUGAAGCUUGUAUCUUCAUUCAGACCUGAAGCUGGCAGAGGGGCUUAUCCUUCUCUGCUAAGUCAGAAAUUAUAUUUCACUGUUGCUUGUUGACUACAGUUUAAGCAUCUUGUUGCUAAUGUCUGAUAGGCUAUUGGACCUGUGACAGUUACAAUGUCAAAUGGUAGGGUUUUUUUUUUUUUUUCUCUCCAUUUUCUCCUGUUUAUUUCUGUCUGGUGGCUUUUUUUUUUUUUUCUGUUAAAUGUCUAGUUAUUAUUAGCAUAAGAGUUCCAAAAAAAAAAAAGUUACUAUAUCACUGUUUGGCCAUGCACACCAGAUUAUUCUCAUGCAUAAUUAAUACGAAUACACAAAACCCACUGUGAGUCUACCUGCAUCUGUCACUACACUGAGGUUCCUGUAGUUAUAAUUUGAUUCAUUUUCAUCUAAAGGCUGCCUCCACUUUAUUUUGAUUAGUUUUCAAUGAUACAGCUCUCAAGGAAUUUUCAAAGUGGCUUGUUGCUAAGGAACAACAACAGGACCAUGAAUGUGCAGUGAGUGUGUGCUCUCCUGUUCCCACUGACCGACUCUUACUUGGCUCUCCCAUGGCGUCUUGGCCCCUCAGCUCCAGGUUGUAGAAACACACAUGAAGGGGGUGGACGAACCCAUGGCAUCUGGGUUGCUGGUUCUUCAGAGGGUGUUCUAUGCUGGGAGCCGGGUCACAGGCAGGGCUGGAAAAAUAAAAUUAGGAGGAGCUAGCAGGCUUGGCACACGCCAUAUGGAUGGUAGAUGAGGAGCGGUCUUGGGGAUCCAUGCGAUCACUGCUUGCACUUCCUGAUGGAAAUGCACACACAGGGUGUUUCUCCCUCAGGACGGAUGCAUCCCUUGGACUCCAGGUUGAAGUCUGUUAGUGGUCCUAAGAGAUGGCAGAAGUCAUGAGAAAAAGGCAGUUUUCUCUCACAGCCCCAGUGGCUCAGAGGUUCCAUGUGUUCGCCUCUAGCCUGCAUUCGAUCAUUCCUGGUCUCAGAAACUUCCAGAUUUCCAGUUAAGACAGAUGAAAGAAGAUCCGCGGAGAGCAGAGGCCCGCAGUUCUCUUCUCUGCACUCAAAUGACCGCUCUGAAAAUUAUCUAGAAUGUAUUUCAAUACCAAGAAUUCCACCCUUUUAAAAAUGUUCGUAAGCACAGUAGGGCUAAAGCUAAUGUCACUGACAGUUUCUGCCUCUACGAGCUCAGUACAGUCCAGAAGGUUGAGGAGCCUGAGUUUAACACAUAUUUGGAUCCACUUUUAAAAGAGGAAAACAUGUGAGUGAAGCCAGAGACAGGGUCAAUAGAAACAUCUGAAAAGACAAACUUUUUCCUCAUGCAUCUUUCAUUUUUGGAAAAAAAAAAAAAAAAAAAAAAAAAAACCAAACCAGCAGUGGAUUAAAAUUAGAACACUAACAAAAGUUUGUUUUCCAGACUUCCACUCGGCUUAGGAAUAUGUAAUUCAAAAAUAGAAAUCCUCUAUCACUCUUUCUCACUCUGUUCCCCACUCCUAGAUAAAACUGUCUCUAUCUUGCAGGAUGCAUGCAUUAUGCAAAUGAUCGAAAAACCAUAGCUUUACUUCUGUGUAGAUAACCAGAACAGAGCUUCUUCUUUUAUCCCACAGGGAAGUCAUAACGCCAAUCUUGUUCUGCAUAUUUCCUGAGGUCACAAUUGACCAGGGACCAAGGGAACUCUUACAAGGGAAAGCAUUUAACUUAGGCUGGCUUUUGGUUUACAGAGGUUUGGUCCAAUAUCAUCUUGGUGAGAGCAUGGCAGCAGGUUGGCAGACAGACAGCAUGCUGGAGAAGUAGAUGAGAGUUACAUCCUGAUUCACAGGAAGAGAGAGAGAGAGAGAGAGAGAGAGAGAGAGAGAGAGAGAGAGACUGGGCUUGGCUUGGGCUUUUGAAACCUCAAAGCUCACCCUCAAAGACACAGUUCUUUCAUCAAGGCCACACCUACUAAGCUUUCUCAAGUGGUACCACACCCUGAUGACUAAGCCACCACAGUAGCUUUCUAUUGCUCUCAUGAAAUACCUGAGACAGUCAACUUAUAAAAGGUUCAUUGUGGUUCACAGGGUCAGAUCCGAAAACGGUAUCCCUCAACAAGGCCCUAGGCAGACGAGUCACCUAAUAGACAUAACCUCUUUAUGCGAGACACAAGGAUUCUCAGAGUUUAGUAAUUGCUACGUAUUCUUCUUACUGCUAAUGAGUUGUUUACUUGACACUUUUGGGCACUCAAAAUUUAAUCAAAACUUCAGAAAAUUAAUUUAUAUAUAAACAUAGAGAUAAAUGGAAAUGGGUGGUUGAGAGGAGAAAGCAUGUAGCUCCAAUGUGAGCAGCUACACAAAUAAGUUUUUACUGACAGGGUCUUCUAGCAACAACACAAAAAGCAUUCUUUCAUUAUUUUUGGCCAUAGUGAAAAUUAUUGGUCAGAAUUCUGUAUAUUUAUUAGUUUAGAUUAAGUUGAUAUUUUAAUUAAUUCUGUUAAGAAUCCUUAUCAUAUGAAAAAUAAGAAGAAAUGAUACACUUAUUAUUGCUGUAUAUGUUUACAAUACUUUUAUAUGUUAAUUUUUAUUGGUUAUAAUAUCAUUCAUGCUUCCAUAGUCUUUUGCUUUUAAACAAUUGUUUUUAAAUUUUUGUUAGUUUUGCUUGAUAUAGAGUCUCAUUUUGUAGUGCAAGCUAGCCUCUAAAUUUCAGCAAACCUGGCCUUAGUCUUCCAAGUGAUGAGGUUACAGGUGUGAACACUACAUCGGCAUGUUUUAACUUUCCGGUGAUAUUAUUGUUAAACAAAAAUGUUGCCUUUUGACAGAGACAGACCUUCAAUCUUUCUACCUGAGCCACGUGUCUCCAGAAGGCCUCUCCCUGCUCCAAACCAUGAACAUAUUUCCCAUCUUUGCACUUCCACUCUGUCUGUCUUUAAGCUUAGCUGCUUUAGGCUCUGUGCAGCUAGCUCCCAUUCUCUCUUUUAAUUUUGUGUGAAAUACUCUCGUCUUAUUCCGAGAUCCACAGAAUAAAGACACGUGAGAAAAUUGUAGUGUGACAUUUUCAGCAUAUCAUUUUAACUUUAUAGAAUCAGAAAGUCACUGACAAAACAAAAAGACAUUUUGAAGAGCUCGGAGAUGAAUUUGCUGUGGGGAUGAGCACAGAGCUUUGUUAGUUCUUCAUGGGAGAGGGACUGGAAGCCUUGCAAAAGGGAUCGGAGAAAGCAGGUUUACAGGAAAACUUUCGACUCUCUUCCCCAUGGCCUCAAACUGACCAAAUGGGAUAUUUUAAAGGAAAAAAAAAUAAGUUGUCAAUACUUACCAAUCCUUGAUAAUUUCAGGGAAAAAAAGAAAGUUGAGCAGCAGUUAAAAUGUAUUUCUGAAGAAGGAACUGGCCUCUUCCUGUUGUUUAGAGGCGGGAGUCUAUCUCAGUCUCACAAGCUGACUUACUUUCCAAAUCUCGUUAUACCUUUCAAAAGACUACGAUUGUCCGCAUGCAUGUACCUUUCCCACAUGUGUGCAGAGUCUGUGGAGGCCCAAAGAGAGCCUUGGGUGCCAUGAUGCUGAGUUAUAGAUGUUUGUGAGCUGCCCGGUGGGGGCUGGGGACUUACCUGGGUUCUCCUCAAGAGUAGCCAGUGCUCUUCUCCACUGAGCUGUCUCUCCAGCUGCCUUUCUUACUUUCAUGCCCACAUUGUGUGUGUCUGUAUGAAGGCAGAGGAGGCUUACGCUGUGCAUAAUACUAUAAAGGCAUAUGAAUCUUGAAGGAAUUGGUACUGUUCUUAUAGGAAGCAGAACAACCAGUCUUCCCCCAUUAGCUGUGUAAGAGAAAUUAUCUUUUCAUUUUAAAUUUAAAUUUUAAUUUAGUGAUAAAUACUCAUGGAGUAUAGUGUGACAUUUAAAUACACAAAUACAACCAUUCAUAGUUUCUUAGUUAGAAGUGGGGUGGGUCCUGAACCCCUCCCCUCUCCACGCUAGAAUGUUGACCAAUGGGCAUGCUAGAAUGGCUUGCUCGAUAGACACUUGAUGGCUAGUCGGGGAGCAAGAGUCAGUUUUCUCUAAGAAUACAUGUCCAAUGGAGCUCACUGUGCUCCGUUGGUGGAUACCCAGAGACAUCACAAACCAGUUGGUGGGUUAUUAAAUUUAUAAAAGAAACAGGAGGUAGAGGGGGAGAGGCCUGGGAGGCAGAGCUUAGAGGAGUAAGUGGGGAGGAGUUGGGUGUCAAUAUGUUCAAAAUAUGUUUUAUGAGGUUCUCAAGGAAUUAGAAAUAAUAAGAAGAAUCCAUGAGUAUGAUGUACUGUGACUGGAUUGAUGUAGCCAGCUCAUGUAUCACUUCAGACACUUACUCCUCUGUGUUAGAAAUGGUAAAGCCCUCUGUGCCAUACAUACCAAGCCAUUGCCAGCCACUUUGAGGACUGCACUAGCAGGCAUCAGAAGCCAUUCCACCUAAGCAGCCACAGUGUGCACUCCCCUCUGUCUGCCUUCUCUCCAUCCUCCCUCCCCCUCUCCUCUCCCUGGCUCUGCUACCCAUAAUUCCUAAGCAGUAAGUUGACUUCCUAGCAGUAGAAAACAUGUGGGGUUUGUUUAUCUAGGGCGGCCAUCUUGGACUCAGUAAAGCAUCCUUCAGGCUCAUCUACAUAGUCAGGAAAAAAAACAAAAACAAAAACACCUCAGCUCUAACUUAAUUGCCAGCCUUGCCUGAGCCAUUCUGUGAGCCUGUUUAGACUCCAGGGAAAGGCUCUGUUUACUUGCAACAUAGAAUCAAUCACUGAUUUUACUCAGGAACUCCCUACAUGAUUACUUUAGUUUAAGGGUACAUGAUUUCUUUAGAAAAAGAAAAAAUUGAUGUACUUAAAAAUCCAGGACAGGUCUCACUAGCUCCUCCCCUCCCCUCCCCUCCCCUCCCCUCCCCUCCCCUCCCCUUCCCUUCCCUCUUCACUGAAGGCUGGGCCACAUUUGGACAGGGACUUUGGAAAUCUGGAAGUCCUCUGGCUUCUCUCUUCCUGUGUCACUUUGGUCUUUUGUUGCUUAUCCUGCUGUUCUGCCCCGCUCUUCCCUGCUUCCUAAUCUUCUUUUGCUCCCUCCUCGGUCUAGUAUGUCACUUCAGUGGACAGGCUUCUGAGAACUUGUGAAGAAGAGAGAUAGUAACUUGGCUCAAAUUCUAACAUAUGCUUCAACCUUCUCUUUAUUUUGGGCACAAAUGCUGAAUGACUGGGGGAUUACAUUUAGCUGUGAGUCAGCACAACUGUCCCGUGGCACUGGGAAGCCAGCCUGGUUAGAUAGCGUGUGUGCCUCCUUUGGAUUUUUAAGUUGUUACCUUGUAAGCCUUGCCGGCUAGUGAAUAGGAGCUAUAUACUGGAGACGGGAUUCACAUAGCCUUGACUUCGCCUCUGCAUUUCCCCCUUGCAACCAUCGGUGUGGGCAAUGUUUUUGUCUCUGGAUUUCAUUUCUACUUUGAUGAAAUAAAGGAGAGAGCCCAUUGUGUGGAUGGUCAUAAGAACAAAAUCAAUUCUUAGUUUUAGAGCUCAGCUCUUUAGUUAAUUCCUAAGAGGUUGUUACAUUUUACAUUUUAUGUUCUGGUAAACACACACACACACAAAGGGAGAUUACAACCUGAAUUAAUACUGAAUCAGAGUUGCAGAAAUAUAUUUUGUACAUGCACAGAGUGUAUAUGACUAUGUCAACGCCUGUUGGUAGGGUUUAUAGAAGAGACGGUUGUCCCAGUGUGUCUGUCACUUUAUAGUAUUUGUGGAACAUACAUUUGCUUUCAGCCCUUCACUUCUAAAAGACGUUAUGUAUAGAUUAUUUCAAUUCCUAAUUUUAUUGCUCUUUACCAACUCAUUUGCUGGGAUUGUUCUGGAUCUUACAAGGAACCUGUUGUUUCGUUUGGCUGGUGCAUCAGUUGUAAUAGUUGCUGCUUCUUCUGGGAGGAGUGUUUACAGCGGGGCAAGGAUUUGAGUGUGGGAGGCCCCAGUAUUCAUUAGCUUAGAUCUAGAGACAGAAGCUUAUGGAAGCUAAUGAGAUUCCCUUUGUGUGGAGGGGAAGCACAAUUGCUAGAAUGAAUUCUUUUACAUAAAAAACUGACUUUAAAUUUGAUGUAUUUACAGCGUGCUAGAGAGGAAAAGAGGUAUUCUGGAGGAAUUGAAUUCCUUAUGUAACAGAUUGUCACCCAUAUGAUAACCAUAGGCCACGAUGCUGCAUUUCCUGUGAGGGAAGUCAAGCCUUGGACAGGAGCAAGACAGAAGAAAAACCCUCUGCUUUGAUCAAGGCAUAGACGAAAGUACAAACACGCUGCCAUCCUUUGUUGUCAGCUAGCAUUUGUUCUGAGAGAA